CCCCGCGUGCUGCCGUUGACUACGACGGCGAUAACAACAACACUGACCUCCACCACUACGACCCUCACGAUUGCUCUCACACGAAUCGAGAGCGCAACACGAUCAUAGAACGCAGUGCAGCCUCGGCCAGGGCAACACACGCACAGCAGACCGAACACGGAUCGCAUCCAACAAAGAAACAGCGCUCGCACCGCCGAAGCCUCUCCACCACGAUCGUCACCUUCGCUAUUGCUGCAUCCGCUCCUGUCGCGCCCACACGUUCCACCCGGUCCCUGUCUGACAGCGGAGAAUCGUGGCUGUACUGCACGCAAUAGCUAUCGCGAUCGAGGAGAGUGCCUGGCGUAGACCGCAUCGUCGCCCUACCCACGCAUCCUUGCACGCCGGCUCCUGAAGCCUCACCAGCUGCACGACCGACCGCUCGUCUCGGCGGACCUAAACGAGGCGUCGUCAGGCUGGAUGCCACCCGCCGAAGACCUUGUGCCCGACCUCGAUAACAACCUCGACGAGCCUCGCCCACUACCCGCUACAACGACUGCAGCGGAGUCCUCUGCUCUAGACACCGAGGAGGCGUGGGGGCUCAGUGCAUCGCCCCCCAAAGCCAGCAAGAGGAAGAAGAAGGGCAAGAAAAAUGCCAAAACUCAGCCCAUCGGUGACGAGGGCGAUGACUCAGCUCCAUAUCCCAAGUCGAUAACACCAUCCCCGCCCACCGACGGCGUCAGAAUUCAGCCAGCGGAGGCGAGGCCACCAGAGCCGCCACCUCUGGUUGAUGUGGAGGACGACUUCAGCGGGCCAGAAGGAACGGUGGCGUCCGUGACGCGAGAACCAGCUGCGAAGCCUGCGCCUGAGACGUCUCCUGCUGUUCGGUCGCCUCACCCAGUGCCUGCCAGACCAGCCUCUAUACCACUUCACUCGAACCGACCAACACCGCCUCAACAUGUCAGAGAUCGUGCAGAGAGCCAGGUGGGCUUCAAUACAGUGGGUGGUCCGGCUUCGACACAGUCGCGCCGCGAGUCAUUCAUGGCACAACCAGCUCAGCGACCUCGCUUUGUCGAAGCACCACAGCCUCAUUUGCCACAAGCUCACUUCUUUGGCCUCCCAGAUCUUGGUCUAGGGCUCGGUCAAAAGCAAGAGUCUGGACGAGUGGCGGGAGCAGAUGGUUAUUGUUGUCGCUUGGACUCAUUUGCUGACGCCGGCAAUGACACAUGUGCGCAAAAGUCAAAGGAGGCGCUGCUGGUAGGGAGUGAUGGAGCACUUGAAGUCUUUAGAAUCCUACCGAAUAAACUGGAGCUCGUUGGUCGCAUUGAAGGCUUGCGAGGUGCUGUUAUUGGCGCCAAAAUUCUGCCUCAUGUCGAGCGGUCUGAUCCGAUCAUCGACCUCCGUCCACUUGUUGCCGUUGUGAUUCACGGACCAAUGCUCGAUGUUCGCCACGACUCUGGCAGCGAAGGGUAUCCGGAUCACGAUGCGGCAUUGCGGCUUCAGACGACGGUUGAUGUAUAUUCGUUGGAGUUGCAGCGGCAUCUUGCUACACUUCAUGCUAGUGCACCAGUCGCCGCGGGGCAACCUGGAAUUGGCCCAGGCAUACCCCUUCCUCGAUCUGCUGGGGAUUUCGAAGUCGACGCACAAGGGCCGUACAUAACAGUAUCCUCUGGCAAGAGUGGCGAGGUUCUAGUCUUCACAUCGUUAAUGACCGAGCUGAUACAGCAGCCCGAAUUUCGCUGCAUAGGGAAAUUCUGGACGGCAAUCCAGAAACCGGUAUCUGGUCGGCCUAGUCCUAGUAAUGAAAGUGGCAUUAGCGUCACAGAGUCGCCGGAAGAGCCCCAAAAAGCUAUCUACAGCUUGAGCUCUCGUUGGCUCACGAUUGUACCUCCAGCGCUGUCAUCGACAAUCUCGCUGGGCGGUUCCCCCUUAAUAAGUGAUGCGAAUUCAAGUCCACCUGGCCUGUCAACACAUGCGGCUCCUCCGCCCCCGCCAAUCACCUGCGAGGUGGUAAGUACCGAUGUUGAGGGCGCAUGGGGGCGACUUGGGCGCCAAGCAGCACAGGGUCUGGUCAAGGUCUCGCAGAAGGGCUUCGAGAUGGGCCGCCAGGGCUGGAAGGAGCUGACCCAGCCCUCACCUCCAGGCUUACGUGCCAAUCACGAUCGCGGACCUCAACAAGAAGAAUUUCCACCCACAAAAGCGCCAACGAACGAUCUCCGCACAGCGAAAGAGCCAGCGCUCGUAAGUCUCAUCGAUUUGGAUAACCUUUUGGUCUGGGAAACACAAAAACCAAAGUACAUGCCCGUGCCUAUGUCAACGUUCGCGCUACUGGACGGCUGUAAUUUUGUCUCACUUUCGUCCACUGGCACUCGAUUAUUGACCUCUAGUCGCAAAGGCGAGGUUUCCAUGAUAUGGGAUUUGGGCCAGGUUGCGCAUGGGUCGCCGAGACGUCUCGACAGCUCGGGCGAGGAAGCCAGCACCUGUCCAAGCAUUACCCAACUGCUCCGGGUCGCUCGUAACAGCCCGUCGACUCUGUUGAGCUGUGCCUGGAGUAGAGACGAUGAUGCCGUAGCCAUGCUUACCAAUCAUGGUACUAUACAUCUUCAUGAAGUGCCUUCGCGGCCGCAAAGCCGCAAGCGCAAGCGAACCGCACCGACUACGACCAACGCCGCCGAGAAAGCUGAUGCCACGGUCAGCUUGUCUACCGGGCUGUCGCCUCCCAGCUCGGGAUUUUUGGGAAGCAUCAAGUCAUGGUCACAGACUGUCAGCACACAGGUUAACUCCAUACGAACGACCAGUCCAGCAUCGGCUUUUGGACUUCCCACCACAUUCGCCGGCUUCCGCGAAGCUACUGCAGCAGCUGGCAAUGCUGGAUCUCGAGCCGUGGCACGAGGCCUAAGCCAAGGCCUGACUGCUGCUAAAGGCGCUAGCAGUGAUUACUGGCAUGCUGAUGACAACAAGAUCAGGCACACGAAGGCGUUGCAGACGCCACUCUCUGCGAAAUCAGUCAAAUGGAUCAAACGCAACAGUGCAACUUCUGUGGCGAUUGUCUGCGGUGGCACCUUACACGUCCAUCCUGUGCAGCGCGUCACCCGACGAAAGGGAUCCCAAGUGGUCACAAAUCUCAAACACGAGAGACAUGCCCACAAAGCCUUUCCACUUCCCCCGAUAGCGUCCAAGCCAGAAUAUUCGGCUGCGAAAGGUGCAGACUUGUCAUGCACUGGGCAAGGGCCGCACGGCUUCUGGAGUCUGCGACAGGCAAGCUCUCCAGUUGCAAGCGACCGUCGCGCUAGCACUAUGACAGCGCCUCGUGGUUGGGCCUCGACCAACGAUGUGGAGACGAAUGCGCCCUAUUGCCCAUUCCACGUUGGAUCCCAGAUCGGAAUCUACGCAUUCGAUGAGAUGGAAUAUAGCCAAUACAGGGCAUGCCCCGCAUUCACUAGCUUUCAGCAAAGAGGACAUGGCAACGACCAGCGACCUUGGACUUUUGGCGAUGCUAUGCCUCCUAGCACCAAGAUAAAUGAACAGAUGCCUGACGAGUUCCGCGAAAGCUCGUACAGCACUGGACUCGCUGACGAUGAUCUGGAAGAAGAAGUGGCUAGUCAGAUGGAGAGCAAGCUGACCAUUCAGCCGCCGAGUGGCAAGAGACAAGACGAGCAUAUACGGGUUUCCACACGCCGCAAAGGGCGAAGCCAGGGGAUCGCAGACGAUGGACAUGAAGGUCUCGACCUCAUGGAAGACGACCAGGGCCACGUUGGAGUUUGAUUGUGGAAUAUUGGAAACUUGGCUGCGUGGCGGAGUGCACCUGGAUCCUGGCACAGUUCGAAGCCCUUCUACCUGAGCGGAGAGGGCAUCGGCCAGGAACGUGAUAAGGCUGCUAUCACCUCCCAGUACAAUUUUGUGCAUAACUCAAACCACCAGCACUUUUACGGAGGACGAAGGCUCGCAUAUCGUAUGAGAUGAGCAUGAAACUGUAGUAGUCUUGGUCAAGAGAGCCACGUGA